AUGGCCUCCGCGACGGCCGGCGCGACGACGACGACGACGUCGCCGUGGUGGCCGGACGACCGCGUGGCGGCGACGGUGACGGCGGGCUUCGUGCGGGCGUCGCUGGCGCCGGCGCUGCAGGCCCAGCUGCUCCACGGCGCGACGGGCGACGGCAGCUACCUGGCGUGCAUCCUGGAGCGCGCGCGACGGCUGUUCGUGGUGGUGCGGCUGCUGGGCGUGCCGGCGAGCAUCUUCGCGCUGCUGGACGCCGGCUUCGACGACGCCGACCUGCCCGUGGCGCCCGCCGCCGCCCUCGCGCGCCUGCGCCUGCCGCCCGCCGUGCGCGCCGUCUUCGCCCACCCGCGCUUCGCCGCCGCCCAGGCCCGCGUGCUGGUGCGCGCCCUGCCGCCCGGCGCGCACGUCGCCUUCCACGCCGCCGAGCCCGUGCCGGUCGACGUCGAUGACGAUAACCAGCAGGCUGCCAGUCUGCCGCUCGUGGCGCUGCCCGCCGGCGCGCAGCUCGACGCCGUCACGCGCGCCGGCGCGUCGUGCGCGCGGCUGCGGCGCCUGACGCUCCCGCUGCGCGCCGCGCCGCGGUAUCUGGACGACGACGAGCUGCGGCGCGAGACGGCGGCGCUGCGGCGGCUGCGGCACGCCCACCUGGUGUCGGUGGUCGGCUCGUACGCCGUGCCGGGCGCGUUCCAUGUGCUGCUGGCGCCGGCGCCCACGGCGCUGACGCUGCGCGACUUCACCGCCGCCGGCGCGCGGCCCAACCGCUUCAAGAAGCUGCUCAAGGCCGGCGACGACGCUGCCGCCGCGCUGGCCAACUGGCCGGCCUGUCUGGCCAGCGCGCUGGCGUGGCUGCACCACCGCCACGGCCUGCGCCAUGGUGCGCUGCGGCCGUCCAACGUGCUCGUCGGCGCCGACCACCACGUCGCGCUGGGCCUGUUCGACGCCUUCGAUGCCCUGCUGCCCACGCGCCGCCCGCUCGACCUCGAGGCCUACCAGUACGCCGCGCCCGAGCACUACCCGCGGCCGGCCGGGCAUGACGAAGAGGACGAGCAGGGGGCGGAGGAAGAGGUGCUGCAGCCCAAGCUGCUGCCCGCCCUGACGCUGCCGCGCCGUGCGGCCUAUGCCCGCCCGCGCCCGUCGCUCGCCCGCCCCGCGUCCGCCGCGUCCGUCGCCUCCAGCGCACACAAUCAUCCUCCCAUCACCACCACUGCGCCCACGGCCAGCGUCGCGUCGCUCUCCAAGCCGGCCGGCGGCGCCGUGCCCACCAACCGGCGCUACGACCUGGCCGCCGACGUGUUCGCGCUGGCGGCGCUGACGCUGGACAUCCUCACGGGGCUGUGCCGCAAGAAGCACGCGGUGUUCGAGCGCCAUCGCAGCGCGUACAACCGCCGCGCGCCGGGCUACGGCGGCAAGCUGCCCGACGCCUCGUUCCACUGCCACCGCAACGCCGGCCAGAUCGCCUCGUGGAUCGUCAUCCUCGAGCGCGACGCCGCCCGCCACAAGGGCCCCGUCUACCGCGCCGUCGCGCCCACCCUCGCCGCCGUGCGCCCCAUGCUCGCCCGCCGCCCCGCCGCCCGCCCGUCCGCCGCCGCUGUCGCCCACCGCUUCGCCCAGGCCCUGCGCUGCGUCGCCAGCGACUACGAGCCGCACUGCCCGGUCGAACCGGAACUUGAGCCUGAGCUGGAGCCCGAGUCCGUGCCUCCGCCCGCGCCCGCGCCCGCGCCCGACCUGGCCGGCCCGCCGCCGCCGCCGCCGCGCCACCCCUCGUCGUCCACGCUGUCGUCCGGCGCCGCCUCCGCUUUCCCGCUGACCCCCGACGCCCCCGCCCCCGCUCCCGCUGACCCCGUGCUCGACCGCUACUACGCCCGCGUACCGUCGUCGUGCUACAGCUUCGACGACGACCCCGCUGCCGGCCACCACCCACCCGAACAACAGAAACAACCACCACCACCACCACUGCUGCACCACCCGCCCAAGAAGCCGCGAUCGAAGCCCGCCCCGGUCAUCGCGCCCUCGGGCCUCGACCUGAUCGACCACGAGGACAUCGGCCGCGGCAUCGACCUCGACGCCGGC